AAGUAUUGAAGCUCUCUAAAAUAGAAGACACAUUUAAUUGAAAAGGGGAAAGCGAGAAAGCCAGAACAUGAGGCUGGUUUUAUUAGGAUUGUUUGUUUUGGUGGUUGGCAUUGUUUCAGCUGGCAAUCAACAUGGUGCAGACAUAGAUGACAAUGAGUUUGCUGAAUUUGAGGAGCUUGAUGAAGAUGAGGUUAUGUUUGAAGAUACAAAACAAGAUGAGGUAAAAGAACAGAGAGUUGAGAGGAAAGAAGAUGAAACAGUUGCAGAGGAAGAUGAAGAUGAUGAUGCUACAGUGGAGACAGAAGAUGAUGAAUUUGAACAUUUCAAUGAUGAGGAAGAGUUUGUUGGAUUUGAUAAAGACCGUGAAUCAACAAAACCAAAGGAAAAGAUGCCAGAAUUAAAAAUAAAUCAAGUUCCACAACAUCUUAGAACAAACUGGGAUAGUUUUGUGAUAGAAAUACUCAUGUUAGCUGGACUUGGUGUGUAUUUAUUAAACUUCCUUCAUGGGAAGAACACCAAUCACAAACUUGCACAAGCCUGGUUGAAUUCACAUAGACAGAUACUAGAGGAACAGUUCAGUAUUGUUGGUGAUGAUGGGACAAGUAAAGAAGCUCAGUCAGGCACUUUUAUUAAAGAAUCGGAGAAUGUUUAUGCUUUAUGGUGUAGUGGUCGAUCAUGUGUGGAGGGAAUGUUGGUAGAAUUAAAACUUAUCAAAAGACAAGAUCUCAUCAGUACAAUCGCAGGAUUCAUGAAACCAGUAUCGGAUCAAAUUAUGAUACAGAUAGACAUGGAUCCCAAGGUGAUGGAUAAGUUUGUAUUUGCUGUUGCCACCAAACGAUCCUGUGCUAAGAUACAUAAAGACAUGGUCGAUCUCAGCCAGUUUACUGAGAAGAAGAAUGGUGAGAAGUAUGAUCUAAGUAGUUCUUAUCAAAUAUUGAGUGAGAUAGGGGAGGCAACUGUCACAGUUCUCGAUAAAAAGGUGACAAGUGUUCUAAAUAAAUAUGAGGGUCUGGUGGAGUUCAUGCAUUUUUCUGAUCAAUACAGUGGACAAAAAGCUCAGGAUGAUAGCCAAACUUCAAAACUUCCAGAGGUCAAGCCUGUACUUACUUUCUGUUUCAAUGUUCCUGGUAAAGGAAAAUGUAAACCUGCCGACAUGGAGAAUAUGUUACCACUUCUUAAACUAGUUCUGUACUGUGUCGAUAAAGUCAGCCGUCUUCAAUUGGGAAAGGAGGCUAGGGCAAAAGCAGACAAGAAACGUCAGAAGAUGCAGGAAGUCUUUGAGAAAGCCACUCAUCAACAACGUCAGGAACAAGCUCAGCAAAGACGUGAAGAGAAAAGAAGAGUGGAGAAAGAAAGGUUGAUGGCUGAAGAAGAUCCUGACAAAGCCAGAAAAUUGGAGGAGAGAGAUAGUAGAAGAGAAGCUAAAAGGAAACAGCCAAAAAUGAAGAUGAUGAAAGUGAAGGCCAUGUAGAAAAGUCAUGUGACAUAGUGUCAUGAGACAUAGCAUAUGGCCAUGUAGAAAUGUCAUGUGACAUACUGUCAUGAGACAUAGCAUAUGACCAUGUAUAAAUGUCAUGUGACAUAGUGUGUCAUGUGAUAUACUGUAUGGCCAUGUAGAAAUAUCUCUGAGACAUAGUGUAUAGCUAUGAAGUAAUAUCAACAUGUUUUGAUGUUUAGCUUAUUUUGUUGUCCCCUACUACCUACACAUAUUUUUAUUCUGUUUCAUAUUGCUCUCUAUUCAUAAUAUGAACAUAGUUUUAUUUCUAAUCAGUGAAAUUUCAUUUCAUUGCAGCCACAAUUUUUGCAUUUUGACUGUUUUAUCAUACACACAUAUAUUACACAAACACACUUAAAAAGUGAUGUGAGUUAGUUGUUCCUUGUAAUAAUCAGAACUGAUUGUAAGUGUCUUAAUAAUAUAUGUCUUUUGUAUAUAGUUUACAUUUAAAUGUGAUCAGAGAUUUUAAAUAAAAUAUUUUACAUGUG